CGUAAUUUUUGUAAUUACAACAACUUCUAAAUCGAUGUACAAUUAUCUAACGAAUCCUCGUCUGGGCAUCCAUCUUCCUCCGUCAUUAUCUUAUUAAUUCCGAGGGUGCGCAUACAAAGCUGCACAUCGAAGACGCUCUUGAAUGAACCUCGACUUGUAGGCGUCAGCGGAAGUUUGUGUCAGGUGUUCGUCGCGCGGAUCGCAGUCGGUCUCUUCCAGUCUCAGUCCAGACUCCAGACGAGCAGCAGCGCUAUGGCGGCGUUCAGUACCUCAUCCAGCAGGCCCUACCACAUCGUCAUCUUUGGCGCUUCAGGCUUCACGGGGCAGUUCGUGGUGGAGGAGGUGGCCCGCACCGCAUCCGAGGGUCCCAAGGGGAGUCUGAAAUGGGCCGUAGCCGGCAGGAACAGAGCCAAGCUGGAGAAAGUCGUGGAGCAGGCCGCCGAAGCUCUCAGUGCGUCAAGCCUCCUUCAGUUAAGUUUCUUACAGGUUCAGUAUGGGGCGUAUGUUGGCAUCGGUGGCAUUUCCAACAUUUUCAAACUUGUCUUCGCUGGAUUGAUGUUCUUUUUCCUUGUAAAGUUCAGCUUUGGCAGAAAUCUCCUCAUAAAGUUUCCAGAGUUUUUCUCAUUCAGCUUCUUCUCCAAAGCAGGUCCAACUAGAAAACAGAUGGAGGGCUCCUCCUUCCGUUUCAUCUUUCUUGGAGAGGGUUACACUGAAGGUUCAGACCCUAGUGAGGGUAAACCCAAUGGCAAGAUCCGCACUCUGGUCAAAGGACCAGAGGUAGGAUAUGUUGCCACACCAAUCGCUAUGGUUCAAGCGGCUCUUACCAUGUUAAACGAAUCAGAUUCUCUUCCAAACACUGGCGGGGUUUACACUCCAGGAGCGACGUUCGCCAAGACCACCCUCAUCGACCGCCUCAACAAACACGGCAUUCAGUUCUCCGUCCUUUAAGUGAGAGAUUAAACAGGGCUCAACUGGCUUGACUAACAUCAGUCUAUUCAUUUGCUUGAGCAUAGAGAAGUCUUGUUGCUAUUUAAAGCUUCGCUGUUUUCCGGUUUAGUGUCCUCGCUUGUGCAUGGAACACUGGGAUGGGGUUGUUAGCAUGCACUCUGCUCAAAUGGCUGAGAAAUUUGCACUACGAGAGUGGAGCAAACACUCUUGAAAUCCCUCCAUUUGAUCACGUUUCAGUUUGAAAAUUUGACUUUUUUGUUUUUGCAUUGUUUUUAUCACUAACAGAAAUGCCAAUUCUCACAGAUGACAGACAUCUCUAAAGACAUAUUUAAAAGCACACCCAGAGUUGAGAGAAAUAUAGUUUGAGUAAGAAAAAGAACUAGUUUUUGUAAUUGUCAUGAGUUGUUCUAUUUGUGACUCCUGUAACUGUAGCAGAACAGUUUAACUAAUACAAGAAAUGAGAGAAAAAAUGUUUUAGAGACCAAUGAAUCUGUGAGUUAUUUGAAAGAUUGCAGAAUGUUGUUCUGGUUUGUUUCUAACUAAAUAAAGAACAUAUCAAACUGUA